AUGUCGGUCCCUAUCGCUUUCAAGCUUUCCAGCCCAAACGAUAACGAUCUAUCCAUGACCGAGUUCCUCAACAAUACUUCGACGAAUUUGGCGGCGACAUGGAAAAGUUGGGAGAUCUGGGUCGAAUGGACGACUACAAACCAGAGCUUCCCCGCCACGACCGCUAUUACCGAGUCGAACGUCGCCGCAGUGAUCCAACUCUUGGAGUUGAGACGUGGGGUUGAUGUUCUCAAGGGCUCUCUGCCAGAGGCUUCUCAAUAA